ACAGGCUGUGACGCAGCGUCAGGGCUCUUCAGGGUCACGUGACGCUUUGUUGACGUUAGAGCACGGGGGAAAAUGGCGGCUCGCUGGAGCAGUGAGAAUGUCGUGGUAGAGUUUCGAGACGCUCAGGCCACCGCCAUGUCAGUGGACUGCCUGGGCUCCCACGCCGUGCUUUCUGGGCGGCGGUUCCUGUACUUGGUGAACCUGGAGGCUCCAUCUGAACCUCCUCGUAAAAUUGGCCGACAGAGUAAGUGGGACGUGGGGACGGUUCAGUGGAAUCCGCACAAAUCGGAGUCGCACGUCUUCGCUGCCUCGAGUAACCAGCGUGUGGACCUGUACUCGUGGAGGGACGGCUGUGGAGAGGUGCACACCUCCCUGCAGGGACACACCCGGGUCAUCAGUGAUCUGGACUGGUCUUGGUUUGAGCCGGAGUCCCUGGUCACCAGCUCAGUGGACACCUACAUCUACAUCUGGGACACCAGAGACACCCGGAAACCCGUGGUGGCCCUGUCUGCUGUCGCUGGAGCGUCUCAGGUGAAGUGGAACAGGAAGAAUCAGUAUCUGCUCGCAUCCAGCCACGACGGAGACGUUCGGAUCUGGGAUAAAAGAAAACCAAACACGGCAGUGGAGUACGUGGCUGCUCACCUGUCGAAGAUCCAUGGCCUCGACUGGCAUCCUGACAACGAGUUCAUCCUCGCCACUUCAAGCCAGGACAACUCAGUGAGGUUUUGGGAUUACCGACAGCCCAGGAAGUACCUGAACAUCCUGUCCUGUCAGGUGCCGGUGUGGAAGGCCAGGUACACGCCGUUCUCCAACGGUCUGGUCACAGUGAUGGUUCCUCAGCUGAGGAGAGAGAACAGUCUGUUACUGUGGAGCACACUCGACCUCAACAGUCCCGUCCACGCCUUUGUCGGACACGAUGACGUGGUGCUUGAGUUUCAGUGGAGGCCGCAGAAAGAAGGCUCUAAGGAUUACCAGCUGGUCACGUGGUCCAGAGAUCAGACUCUGAGGAUAUGGAGGGUGGAUCCUCAGCUGCAGAAGCUGUGUGUCAGUGAUGUGGCGGAGGAGCUGAUGGAGGGGAUGUCUCUGACAGUGGAGGCGGAGAAGUCUUUGUCUUCCCAGGUGCCUGAGAGUCAGCAUGGUGUCGGCCCCACCGCCAAAAACCUGCAGGACCAGGACUCGUCUCUGGGCUCUGGUGCUCGGCAGGACUCUGCGGUGGGGUCAGGUCUCCCUCAGACUCUGCAGCAGGAGUUCUCUCUGGUCAACCUGCAGAUCAGGAAUGUCAACGUGGAGAUGGACGCCGUGAACCGCAGCUGUGUGGUGUCUGCCCACUUUGGCAGCCGCCAGGUUCACCUGGUGGUCAAAUUUCCUGCCCAUUACCCCAACAACGCCGCCCCCACCUUCCAGUUUGUUUCCCCGACCACCAUCCCCUCCGCCAUGAAGACCAAGAUACAGAAGAUCCUGACUGACACGUCUCUUCAGAAGGUGAAGAGGAACCAGAACUGUCUGGAGCCGUGUGUCCGACAACUGGUGUCCUGCCUAGAGUCGGAUAUGACCCAGGAGGACGGUCCGGCCUCAGGACCCUUCGUCCUGUCUAACCCCGUCACUCCGGCCCUGCAGGCCUUCCCUCGAGGAACCAACACAUACGGCUCCUAUCAGGAUGCCAACAUCCCGUUCCCUCGGACCUCAGGUGCUCGUUUCUGUGGCACCGGCUGCCUUGUCUACUUCACCCGACCAAUCACCAUGCACCGCUCAGUACCGCCCACUGAGCCCACUCCUCGGUCUCUGUCAGCACUGUCGGCCUAUCACAGCGGUGUGCUGACUCCGAUGAAGAUGCGUUCAGAGUCUCAGAGCACUCUGCGUCUGUAUAGUGGCAGCCCAACUCGCUCCGACAAAGACACCGUCUCCAUCUCCUCCUUUUAUUAUAAAGAACGGAAGCUCCCAGUCUCUGCCUCCCGACGCUGGUCUGUUCAAACCCUCCAUGACUGGCCGAAAUCCCGCCGGUUUAAGACGAAGCGAGAGGGGACGGACUACGUGAACCGUCCGAUCAAACUGGCCGGGAAAGUGAUCAUCCAGGAAAUCUCCUGUCUGCUGCCUGUCCACAAAGCUCUGGGAGAGAACUACAUUCUGAACAUGAACGACAUCCAGGAAACGUGUCAGAAGAACGCAGCUGCAGCGCUCGCAGUCGGACGCAGAGACGUAGCUAAGGUGUGGGCUCUGGCGUCUGCAGCCACCAGGCAGGACCUGAGUCCAGAUUCAGACCCAGACACAGAGACUCCCUGGGCCAGACACCCGUUUGGACGCCUCCUGCUGGAGACUCUCCUGGAUCACUACAGCCAGAUGAGUGAUGUUCAGACUCUGGCCAUGCUGUGCAGUGUGUUCAGGGCUCAGGCUCCGCCUCCAGACUCCUGCUCCCUGUAUGGACACCACCCAUCGCGCUCCGCCAUGUUCCCCCCACACCACUCACGAUACCCCAGCUACACCUCCAGCUCCCUCACCUCAGGCUCCUGCUCCAGCACCUCAGACUCCAUCACUACAACCACCUGGAACACAGGCCGAGACACUGAGCACACCAACCCCUGGGGUGAACCUUCUCCUGAUGACUAUCGCUAUGGAAACCAGGGUCACACUGAUCCACGGGAAAGAGAGCGGGAGCAACACGACAUGAACAAGAGACUGCUGGACCCUGCCAACACGCUGCAGUUUGAUGACUUUAAGAAGUGCUACGGUGAAAUCUUGUACCGCUGGGGCCUGAGGGAGAAAAAAGCUGAUGUGCUCAAGUUUGCCUCCUGUCCUCCUGAACCGCACAAAGGCAUCGAGUUCGGUGUAUACUGCUGUCACUGUCGCAGUCAGGCUCGUGGGACCCAGUGUGCUGUCUGUAAACGUCUGACUUUCCAGUGCGCCAUCUGUCACGUGGCCGUACGAGGCUCCUCCAACUUCUGCCUGAACUGUGGUCACGGGGGCCACACCAGUCACAUGAUGGAUUGGUUUCGCCGGCAGGACGAGUGUCCGGCCAGCCACUGUCUCCUGCAGAGCACCUUCUGAUGCGGUACAGAUGCUCCGCAAACAAAACCCGAUGCAUCUCCUGACAGAACAGGGGUCUGAUGUGUGACUGAUCUGAGCUUCCAUCGUGUGAUCGCAGACAUCUUUUAAAAAGCCCCAAUGCAGACAGUGACGUCAGCCGAUCCACAUUGAGAUCUCACAUCAGGUACUUGAGAAACUGGCAUCAGAUUUCCUGGGGACAUUGAAGGUCUCCAUGGGACAGCUGCCUCCUGACCGCCUCUCCUCUAGUGGUGCCCUCAGGACAAACAUGAAUGUCAUAGAGCCUGGCACUGGCGCACACAGCUUUUGUCUUUCAGGCAGCUGACCUGUUUAGCUGUCAGUCAUCCUAAAGAGUCGACAUCAUGAGGUUCAGGUGACCGUCACUGCCCUGACACUGAUGUUUGGUUACAGCACACACUAUGAAACUGGGGCUUUAUGUUCCUCAUGCAGUGACAUCAUGGGUACUGGAUAUAACCUCAUAUUGCCAAUGACUUGUUGCAGGGCACAAACAUUAUCACAGGACUGUUCUUAAAAACACUUGAACUAAAUGAAUAACUUGCUGAAUACACUGUCAAGAAAAGGGAGACUGUGUGCAUAGAUUAACUUGUACUGUACUGUAAAUAACAGUAAAAUAAGUUUGAGUUCAGUAAAAUACAGUUUAAGACCUAAAGAGAAAAAACACUUCAAAAUUUCACUAAAACUGCAAAGAUUAC